AUGGAAGGAUUCGUUCUUAUGCUCGACUCCUAUUUCAUUCGCUUCGAUGCUUUCACCAGUGUUACAUCUCCACGCAGUUUUCUUUCACCACCUAGUGAAAGCAUUGUGACGUACAGUUGUUGUGUUAUGACCUUACUCAUUGAGCCCAAUCAGCUGAGAGAUGUGACUAAUUCAUAUCGCAUAGGCCCUGACCGCUCCUAUCUGCCGGCCUAG